GCUUUCUCCACUGCUCCUGAGAAGCACGGGGCUAAGAGGCAGAAGGUUACUGCUUGGUUGCUGGAAGGGGGAUGAGGCCAAGUGGGAUGGCUUUGCCUCACAGGAAGGCAUCCCUGUGAUGGUUAGGAAGCGAGGCCAGGAUCAGCAUGAGGCCGAGAAGAUCAGGUCAGUCAGGUGGGAUGGAGAACAGGGCCUCGGGAACAACCAGUAAUGGAGAGACAAAGCCAGUGUGUCCAGCCAUGGAGAAAGUGGAGGAAGAUGGUACCCUGGAACGGGAGCACUGGAACAACAAGAUGGAGUUUGUGCUGUCUGUGGCUGGGGAGAUCAUUGGCUUAGGCAACGUCUGGAGGUUUCCCUAUCUCUGCUACAAGAACGGGGGAGGUGCCUUCUUUAUCCCCUACCUCAUCUUCCUUUUUACCUGUGGCAUCCCUGUCUUCUUCUUGGAGACAGCGCUUGGCCAGUACACCAACCAGGGAGGCAUCACAGCCUGGAGGAGAAUCUGUCCCAUCUUUGAAGGCAUCGGCUAUGCCUCACAGAUGAUCGUCAGCCUCCUCAAUGUCUACUACAUCGUUGUCCUGGCCUGGGCCCUCUUCUACCUCUUCAGCAGCUUCACCACUGACCUCCCCUGGGGAAGUUGCAGCCAUGAGUGGAAUACAGAAAACUGUGUGGAAUUCCAGAAGGCCAAUGAUUCCAUGAAUGUGACCUCCGAGAAUGCCACCUCCCCUGUCAUCGAGUUCUGGGAGAGGCGAGUCCUGAAGCUCUCGGAUGGCAUCCAGCACCUGGGGUCCCUGCGCUGGGAACUGGUCCUGUGCCUCCUGCUCGCCUGGAUCAUCUGCUACUUCUGCAUCUGGAAGGGGGUCAAGUCCACGGGCAAGGUGGUCUACUUCACAGCCACUUUCCCUUACCUCAUGCUGGUGGUCCUGUUGAUUCGAGGAGUGACACUGCCCGGAGCAGCCCAAGGAAUUCAGUUUUACCUGUACCCCAACAUCACACGUCUGUGGGAUCCCCAGGUGUGGAUGGAUGCAGGCACCCAGAUCUUCUUCUCCUUUGCCAUCUGUCUGGGGUGCCUCACGGCCCUGGGAAGCUACAACAAGUACCACAACAAUUGCUACAGGGACUGCAUCGCCCUUUGCAUCCUCAACAGCAGCACCAGCUUCAUGGCCGGGUUUGCUAUCUUCUCCAUCCUGGGCUUCAUGUCUCAGGAGCAGGGUGUGCCCAUAUCUGAGGUUGCUGAAUCAGGCCCUGGCCUGGCAUUCAUCGCCUACCCUCGAGCUGUGGUGAUGUUACCCUUCUCACCGUUGUGGGCCUGCUGUUUCUUCUUCAUGGUCGUUCUCCUGGGACUAGAUAGCCAGUUUGUGUGUGUAGAAAGCCUUGUGACAGCAUUAGUGGACAUGUAUCCCCGGGUGUUCCGUAAGAAGAAUCGGAGGGAGGUCCUCAUCCUUAUUGUGUCCGUCAUCUCGUUCUUCAUCGGGCUCAUCAUGCUCACAGAGGGCGGCAUGUACGUGUUCCAGCUCUUUGACUACUAUGCAGCCAGUGGCAUGUGUCUUCUCUUCGUGGCCAUCUUUGAGUCCCUCUGUGUGGCUUGGGUUUAUGGAGCCGGCCGCUUCUACGACAACAUUGAGGAUAUGAUUGGGUAUAAGCCAUGGCCUCUUAUCAAAUAUUGUUGGCUCUUUUUCACGCCAGCUGUGUGCCUGGUAACAGAACUCUCAAGGGGCGACCUUCCUGUUCUCCCUGAUCAAAUACACGCCACUGACCUACAACAAGAAGUACACGUACCCAUGGUGGGGGGAUGCCCUAGGGUGGCUCCUAGCUCUGUCCUCCAUGAUCUGCAUUCCUGCCUGGAGCAUCUACAAGCUGAGGACUCUCAAGGGCCCACUCAGAGAGAGACUUCGCCAGCUCGUGUGCCCGGCUGAAGACCUUCCCCAGAAGAACCAACCAGAGCCAACUGCUCCUGCGACACCGAUGACAUCCCUUCUCAGGCUCACAGAACUGGAGUCUAACUGCUAGGGCCAGGGCCUUUGACACACCUGUGAGCCUGGCUGUGGGGGCAGCUAUAGAGGCAGAGGGGCGGAACUACCCCUCUGUGGUGGGGCAGAAAGACGAAAGGGGGUAUUUGGGACUCACCUUCUGAACUGGGUACCUCCUAUCUUGAUGCCCCUAUUCCAGGGUGGUCCACACAUUGUGACGUGCCCGAAUCAAUAACAUCCCAUUGAGGCAGCUUGGGAAGCCCAGGGAGGGCUGGGGAGGCAAAAGCCUGGCUUGUUGCUGGGCCCUCUUCCUUCCAUGUCAUUAAAUCCAACUUCCUCUCACAA